UAUACAAUAUGUAAGCACUACAAGUAUACUUUCUUCCCGGCACCACAUUAUCAUAUUUUCUGGGUCAGUCGCACCCUUAACCGUCGCUCACUGUUAAUCCAAUUUGCGAUUGACGACGGGCAGUCGCAUUGGAAAUCCACAUCCGCAGAUGCAUAUACAUAAGGACUUGGUGUAUGGAUAUCAUACAUUGCCUCCCUGGACGCAAUGCAGGCGUUACAAUAAUUUUUGGCGCCCAAUUUAGCAGAGAGCAAAAGACUUGAGCAUGUUUGCGCGUGCGCUGAGAGAAAGAAAGUGAAAGCUCGACCAAGGACAAUGUGAGGCAACCGCGCUAGGUCCCAGUCGCUUGCAGACAGUCGUUUAGUAAAAACGUUGCGUUUUUUCGCCACACUUCUUAUUUUCGCCCAACGAAUUGCAUGCUUUAUGCAGAUAUGCAGCCGCAAUAAGUGGUUAUCGUACUACCGUAGACGCAGCACACACAGCCUUAAAAUGGGAUGGGACUGGGCAGUCGGAGGUAUAUCCGAUGAGAUUCCGAGGACGACUGGGCCAGAAUGCAUCAACUACAUGACAGAUCGACGUCGGUGGGUAGAGACGGUACUGCUGUCCGCCCUCUUUAUAUUUGUAAUGCACCGCUCUUGGCAACGCCUAGCGCCGAUUAAACUUCCACCGCCCCACGAGAUACAGCAGCCACUCAGUCCCACACGACUGUUUCUUCUUAUAUCCUUGUCAAUGAUUUUUGGCAUUGAGAUGGGAUUCAAACUCUCCGGGCAGUCAAUGAUUUUCGCCUUGAAUCCAUGUCAUGUACAGUCUUGUCUGCAGAUCUAUCUUCUGGCCGCCAAGCCGACGAAGACGACAACAGCGCUCUUUCGUAUACAGAUGAGCAAUCUCAACGGUCCUUUUCUGGCCUUUCUUUUCCCAGAGGUGGAGGGCCGAACAUAUCCCUUCGAGCAGGCCACCUAUUGGAUCCAGCAUGCACUGCUAUAUAUAAUACCGAUUUACAUUAUUCGCAGCGGAGCGUACACUAUCGAGGACCUCAGUGAAUUCCACUGGUCUCAUAUAGGUACUUCCUUCAUGCUGUUUUAUCACUUCGUUCUGCUCUCCCCGCUUUCAAUUUUCACUGGUAUCAAUCUGGACCACAUGCUCUGUGCGGCGAUGUCAGAUCCGUUCCAGGGCCCGAAUUAUCGAGUAUUUGCUUGUUGCCACCAAGCACUGCUUUGCCCUCUGCUGAGUAAGGGCACGGUGUUGCUGUUCGGUCGCCGGAGUUGGAGCAAUAGCGGCCUUAACGUAUCGGGAAGUAUGCCGGAGACAAGGAGCGAGGUCGUCCAGUAUCACCAAAUACCUCCGGCUGACUAUGCCAUGCAGGAGGAGACGAUCUUGCGGCACCGAUUUAGCAACCAGGAGGCGGUGGACGAUGGACAUCGGCAUGACACGGUUGAAAUGGCGUCCCUUACAUCGGAGUAUACCAUGCCUACAACCAAGAUCGACUAGUACAUACUACGUCUAUUAUGCCUGUCAAUUUACGAGUCACUAAGGCUGCGAUCCAUGUAUUGCAGAUAGCCGUUUAUACUAAAAUAGAAAGUAUUUGUGUGAGAUCUGAGAGAGCAGAAUGUAUUUAACUAAGAUGUGUAGAUAAAAACAAAUAAGGCUAAUUUUCGUGCUCAUUGAGGUUAUACUUCGAAACAAAACAAAUAAUUCUUACUUUGAAGAAAAAUCAAAAGUUACACCACUUACACCAAAGAUUAAUAAUAGUGUACGUGUCCUAAAUUGUAAGCCGAUAGCGAGCAACAGAUAAAUUAAAAAAAUCAAAUCGAG